UCCCCUAUUCUGCAUUUGGGUCCACCAUCCAUACCUCCCAACUGACAAGCUCCUUGAUCAUUCCUAUAAAAUUAUCUCAUUCUCUGCCUAUCAGGUGCUUGAAUAAAGAAACAACCCAGGUGGAUCCCAGAAAACCAAAAACAAUGAAGGUAGAGAAAGAAAAGAGAAACGUCUUUCAGUUGGCCGUACAAAGGAGGAGGAGAUUAAGAGCGAAAAUGCACAGUUUAAUAGAAGGCGCAACAAGAGCUGCAGACCUAGAAUCGAGUGAGUCUGUGAUGGACAACUUGAUGGGUUUGCUGCGGGUUCACGUUAAACGGGGCGUUAACCUUGCCGUUCGUGAUGUCCGUAGCAGCGAUCCUUAUGUAGUUGUUAAGAUGGGCAACCAGAGAUUGAAGACUCGUAUAGUAAAGAAGGAUGUAAACCCUGAGUGGAAUGAUGAUUUAACUCUUUCAAUAACAGAUCCUGAUAUUCCAGUCAGUCUGACUGUUUACGACCAUGACACGUUCAGCAAGGAUGACAAAAUGGGAGAUUCAGAGUUCGAGGUGAGGUCAUUCAUAGAAGCUUUGAAAACGUAUACGAAUUUGGAAGAAAUACCAAGUGGAACAGUAUUAUCAAGGUUGAAACCGGACACCGACAACUGCCUGGUGGAUGAGAGUGCCAUAUACGUGAAUAAUGAAGGGAAGAUCAUCCAAGACCUCUUCCUUAGAUUGAGAAAUGUGGAGUGUGGGGAAGUGGAGAUCCAACUGCAGUGGAUUCAUUACCCUGGCUCUAAAACCUUUUGAUUUUUAUAUAUGUUUAUUUGUUUGAUUUCUACGCUACCUUUCUACACUUGUCCACUUAUUUAUCUCAUUUCAUUAUAUUCGUAAUUCAAUAA